UCCAUUUUUCUCUCAUGUCUUUUCUUCCCAAUAUAAGCACAGCAAUAUUCAUCUCUCUUUCUCCUCUCUCUCUCUCUCUCUCUCUCUCUCUGAGAGUGAAUCCGCUGUUUGUGGGCAUUGUACGCUUCUGCAGGCAUUGAGAAGGCAAGAACCCUAUAAUCGAUUCCUCUUUCUUUUUGCCAAGAUUGCGCACGUUUUCUCCCCGACGGCGAAAGAAAGGCACUAAUUGCCAUUUGAAAGAUUGUCCUGCACUAGCUUUGUGGUUGUUUGUCUUUAGAGUUGAUUAAUUGACAGUGAGAGCGCUUGGCAUUCCACCUGCCUUAUUGAUUUGCUGCAGCAAAGUUAACAUUUUCUCCCGGGAGGCGAGGAUCAAUUGUUAAAAUUAGUUUGGCUAUGGCGGCAACCAAUGAAAAUCUCCCACCAAAUGUGAUAAAGCAAUUAGUUAAGGAAUUGAAGAAUCUUGAUGAAACUCCUCCCGAAGGCAUUAAAGUUGGUGUAAAUGAUGAUGAUUUUUCAACUAUAUAUGCUGAUAUUGAAGGGCCAGCUGGAACUCCAUAUGAGAAUGGUGUCUUCCGCAUGAAGUUGAUAUUAUCUAAUGAUUUCCCGCAUUCACCCCCUAAAGGUUUUUUCCUGACCAAAAUUUUUCAUCCAAAUAUCGCAACCAAUGGUGAGAUUUGUGUAAAUGCUCUUAAAAGGGAUUGGAGUCCAAACCUUGGCUUAAGGCACGUGUUAAUGGUGGUCAGAUGUUUAUUGAUAGAACCGUUUCCGGAAUCAGCUUUAAAUGAACAGGCUGGCAAGAUGCUUUUGGAUAACUAUGAGGAGUAUGCUAGACUCGCAAGGCUUUAUACUGGGAUUCAUGCUAUGAAGCCGAAGCCCAAACUAAAAGGCGGGGCGAUUUCUGAAUCGACCACUGCACUGAAUGUUGAUCAAUCAAAGUCCUCAGCAUUUGUGGAUAAGAAGAGCGUGGCAGUCUCGAGUGUUCCUCUCCAACAACCAUCUCCACUCGCCCCUUCAUCCAAAGCGGGGAACAGCCUGGACCAGCCGGCUUUGCCCAGUUCAACCGCGAAUUGCGGCUCAGCGGCUGCCCCGCUAGCCCAAAAGAAGGAAGCUGGGUUGGCAAAGGUCCAUGCAGACAGAAAGAAGAUGGAUGCCAGAAAGAAAAGUUUGAAGAGAUUAUAAGGUGUUUUCCAAUGAGGAUGGAUGCUCUUUUUCUGUUUUCACUUCCUUGCAAUGUAGUAGUAACAUAAGAAAGAAGUUUGUACUAUUAAUUAUUAUUAUUCAGAUUGAUGAUGUUCUUGGUACCAAUAUUCCUAAGAACAAUGAAAUAGGCCACAUUUGUGGGAUUUGGGAAGUCACUCAUAUUUUCAUGCUAUAAAGAAUCAAAACCUUCCAAUCUCA